CCCCACAGUCGGAACCGAAACCAUACAAAUUCUGCACGGAAAAAGAACCAGCGAUCAAUCAACUCCAUGAAUGGCGUCUUCAAUGGUCAGGCUUACAUUUCGCAUGGUAUUGGUAGUUCUGCUCCUCCUCUUCCUCUUCUACGUCGGCCGCCCUCUCUACUGGAAAAUCUCCGCCACUAUCCACGAGAUCCGCCAGAACAAACAAACCGUUCGACAAGGUAUCUCGCAGAUUGUUCAGGAGGCGCAGAGAUCCGUGGGAUGGUACAACGGCGAGUCGGACUCAGGCUUCCGUGCGCGGAAGCAGACCGCCCGGAAGCUGCUGUUAAAGGUUUUGUGAAGUUUUCCAGUUCAAUAUUAGCCUCUUGUAUUAUUUAUGAAUAGAGCCCGGAAGGUUUUGGUGAUAAUUAUUAGUGGAAAUGAUCUUUGUAAUUGCCUUAUUGCUUUGCUUAUAUUUAAGAUAUUGAAGUUAAAUUUUUUGUUUGUAGAGUUAACUCUGAUUGAUUCUCCUAUCAUGUGAAGAGUACAUAUAGACAGUUUAAAUCCGAAAACCUUUUGUAAGCAAAGCAUCAUUAUCAUUCCCUAUAGGAGAAGAAGCAAUAUUGUGGAGAAGAAGUUAGAAAUAAGUGUAUGUAUUUUAGAGCACACAUAGCUUCCCCGUCAUGCAGAAUCACUGGGUAGAAAAAUAGUAAACCAGGGAUAGUAAAGGGAUUGAUUCAAUUUGUCAUUUGCAUAAGAUAAUUGUAUUGCAAGGCAAGUUACAGUGAAGGGUUUGUCAAGAAUGUAAAAGACCAUAAAUGCAUUGCUAAAUAUUUGUUAUUUUGGCACUAAAUAUUAUGGUGUAUGAAAUAAGGUUACUGGAGAAGCAGUGAUUAUUUCUUUUGCAUAGGUUUCUUUUUAGCUUUCUAUUCUACAUCUAAAGGUAGACAUUUUCAUAUCUUUGUUUAAAGUUAAAGAAUAAAUACUUAUAUCCCUGUGCCUUUUAAGCUUGCACAAUCGGACUUCAGAGACUAUCGAAUAUGCCUUCCUUUUAUGGCCCUUUUCACUUUCUAUGUUUAACGUUACCCUAGUCUCAUGUCAGUGUUGCUGAUUGUACCAGUACUUUUUUUUUUUGGGAAAGUAAUUUGAAUGUCUUAGAAAGCAUCGUCUAUGUAUAGUCAUAAGUCUGCCAGAAUGGAAAUGCUAGGUUGCAAAUUUGAUUGUCAAGUGAUUUUUCAUCUUCUAGUUAGUAUUCAUGACCAGGUUAUUCUUCUCUCCAAGUCCGAUGCUUUAUCCAACCUUACAAGCGCUGGAUGAGAGGAAGGGAGUUAUCCACGCUUCUACAGCCCUUACCCUACACUUAUUUC